GGUCACUGCCGGAAUACCAGGACAAAGUGUUUGUAUGCAAUUAUCGUUUCAAAAAAGAAUUUACUAGUGAUAUUCAGUCGGAUUGGACAGUUAAUGCUCUUAAUCAUUUCAAGCCAAUUGACUUGGUGAGAGAAAAAUAAACAAAACUUUUGUAUAAUAUAUGUAUAAGCUAACAACAAACGAUAGAACUUAUCACAACAGUUUCUUUAACAAUUGUUAUGUUAUGUUAGUAGAGUUAAUAAAAUUUUUGAUUCACUUAAAAGCCGUUAA